AUGACCGAGUUCCCGUCGCUGUCAAACAACUCACAGCUCAACAACGCCAACCCUGCAUCGAUGUGGUCGUCGGGAGCAUCUCGAAACUUGAGUGGGCCUAUUCAACGAAAUCAAUCGACUCCCGUCUCAUCUCAGCAAGGAGGCCAGGAUGAUUUGUUCGCAUCAGGCUCAUCGCGUUUGCCUUUACACCAAAGCUCCUUUCGAUUUGGUAACCAAGGGAAUAUAGCGACAGCCUCCCAAGGACAGCCAAGUAGCGUUGAUGAUUUUCCUCCGUUAAAUAGAGCUGGAAAUGGGGAGAUUGGGUCGGAUCGAAGUGGAAAUCUGAUGUCAUUGGCGUUCGGAUCGCAACAAGGAGCGUCAGGAGCGCAGAGGGGUAAUGGCCUUCUAAAUGCUUUGUCCGCCAAUAGUCGGGCAAACGAUGUGCGGUCGCCUCCCGGAGUUGCAUUAAACCGCGGCCAAGACCGGAAGCGGCUGGGAGCCGACGAUGAUAGCAGACAAAAACCCAUUUCCAGGGAGGAUGGCCUAGGCAAAUCUACUGUUGAUGACACGAAUCAAAAUCCCCUAGGAGCAAUCGGCAACGAGGACUCGAUUGCAAAGUUACGAGAUGUGAAGGAGAACAAGGCCCCGGACGCGGUAGAUCCUCUUGGCGGAAUGAGUGCCGUAGACAAAUGGGGAAUCAAAGGACUGCGGACAUUAAUGAACAACUAUCCGGAUUACCAGGCAAUGGUAGUUGGCAUGGAUCCUAUCACAAUUGGACUUGAUAUCAACUCGCAAGAGAUGAUUUCGACACAAGUUUACUCGCUCUUUGAUGAUGCCCCCCCUCGGCCGACAGUUAAUGGUAGCAAGUUCCGACUUCCAGAGUGCUACAAUGUGACGAACGUCCAGCCAAUUGAAAGCAAAAUUCAGAAUUUCAACGAAGAAACUCUGUUUUGGAUAUUCUACAGCUGUCCCGCAGACGUCAAACAGCAAAUGGCAGCGGUAGAAUUGCAUUCUCGAAACUGGAGAUGGCACAAGAAACAUCAGAUAUGGCUCACCAAAGAUGAACACAUGACCCCACAGAUCUUGAGCCCAAAUCACGAGCGGGGAUUCUAUAUUGUGUGGGAUACAGACAACUGGCGAAAGGACAGGCGAGAGCUCACUCUGUUCUACGGCGACUUGGAUACUACGUUGAACCAACCGCCUGCAAUAUCUUGA